UUUUAUAUUCCAACAUGCAGUGCAGACCAAGUGGAACAAACAACAAAAGGGCAGUCACUAACGCAGCAUACUUGUCGAUGGCGAGAGUGUCGAUUACGCGCCGAGUGAUGUUGCAGCACUUUUGUACCAAGCCAUCAAGGUCAUAAUAAUCCAUAAAACGUUACUAAUAAAUGGUGCCAACGACCAAAAAUUAAAAGAAGUAAAUCAAAAGGUUAAAAAACAAAAACAAAAACAAAAACGAAACAGUAACAUCAUCCCCCACGCACCAAUCACACAGAUAACGUAAUCAAAUUAUAUCAUUCCACUUUUAAGAGAAGAAACUUUUUUUUUUCUUUUUGCCAAACAUUCCAAGCCAGGAAGAGACGACGACCACCAUCGCCGGGAAAGUGACGUCACUAGAACUCGUCAAUGAGUGCCACUGAGUCCGAGGUAGAGAGAGAAAGCAAAGGAGGAGAGACGUUAGAGAAAGAGAAGCAAAGAGGAGUAAAGGGUGUUGAGGAGGAUGGAGAAGAAUCAAAGGAUAAAGACGAAAUUAGUCACCAUAGAUUUUUAGCAAGCUUGAACAGAUUAAACCCAACUAACCCUCUUAGGAUCAUUGUUAAUGGCGCUGGUGGUUCUAGAUUCACUACGCCUCCGCCUCCCAAUCUCGCACAACCACUCCGAUCUUCCUUAAGACACCCGCCUCAGCCUCAGCCUCAGCCUCCGCCGCCACGGCCGCAGACGCCUCCCACCCUCGUGCCAGAAGAGCCUCAGCCUCAGACUCCUCCGCCGCCAUCUCAACAUCAAACUCGUUCCAUCUUCACACCGACCCCUCAACCAACGUUGGCAUCAUUGAAUUCAACCAAGUACACAAACAAGUUCUUUCUGCUGCUCUUCAUAUUUCACAAGGUUGUUGCUAUUGGGUUUGUGUGCUUCCUUGUCUUCAGAGGCGUCCAAGGUCUAAUUGGAUCCAAUGGCCGUGUCAAAAGGAAAGAGCAGAAGAUCCUCAGAUUUCUACUUCCACAAGUCGAAGCUGCAUCACUCUUGAGCAUCAUUCUCGCAUUCCUCUGGCAAAUGGCAUUCCGGAUUUGGCCUGAAUUCAUGAUUCACUUCAUACUCUGGAGCACCUUUUUGAUGUCGUUAUCCUCAGGAAUUCUCUUACUGUGUUUUCAGAUGCCAGCCACCGAUGCUGUUGGGGUUUGCCUCAUUGCAUUCUCAAUUGGCAAUGGUUUAUAUGCUUGUUGGGUCACUCGCAGAAUCAAGUUCUGUUCCAAGAUUUUGGUUAAGUCAUUAGAACCUGUUUCCAAGUUCUCGGAUUUGAAUUUACCCACCUACUACAUGCUAGCUGCUGGUUUCCUCUGGAUGUCUCUUUGGAUUUUCGGUGUCAUCGGUGCCUUGAACUUCUAUUUCCCGCCACUUGUGAUUAUUGGCUUGGUGUUAAGCCUGGCAUGGACGACAGAAGUGAUGAGGAAUGUUGUUAAUCUAACUGUGAGUCGAGUCAUUGCUUUGUACUAUCUUAGAGGAAUGCAGUCUAGUACCCGCUUUAGUUUCCAAAGGGCCUUGUCUCGUAACCUUGGGAGCGCGUGUUUAGGAUCUUUGUUUGUUCCAACAAUAGAAGCCUUAAGAAUCUUGGCAAGAGGACUGAAUUUGCUUAAGGGUGAAGAUGAGUUCAUGUUUUGUUGCGCUAAUUGCUGUCUCAGACUCAUGGACUUCAUAUUUGAGCAUGGCAAUGGCUGGGCCUUUGUACAGAUAGCUGCUUAUGGGAAGGGAUUUGUGAGGGCGUCGCAAGACACUUGGAAACUGUAUGAGGAUGUAGAUAUGGUAGAGAUCAUAGAUGCAGACAUAACAAGCUCCAUCUGCUUCCUCACGGGGAUCUGCAGCGGAUGCGUCUGUGUAAUUGUCGUGGCCGCUUGGACUCACACAGUUUACAAACCAUUUACAGCCACCAUUUCUUUACUUGCCUUCUUCAUUGGAUACCUCAUGACCAGGAUAUCAAUGGCAUUGCCACACGCCUGCGUAGGUUGCUACUACACGUGCUACGCGGAGAAUCCAGAAAACAGAUUCUUCGACAAUAAACCGAUAAAAGAUAGGCAAGCUUUGAUAAAAAAUGGACGUGUUGCUGUCACCACUCCUAGAGUCCGCCGUUCUCUAGCCUAGCCUAGCCUGAUCAUCUCUUUGUUUUACCUCCUGCCUGAUUGAUAUGGAUUAUAUAUAGGUGUUAAAUUUUCUGAAAUCAAUAACAACUAGUUAAAAUCAUUUGUAAUUUAAAAAUUUGAAAAUUAAUUUAGUGACAGAAAGAGUAAAGAAGAGUCAAUAUCAGUGGGAUGGGGAAGAUAUUUGUGGAUAGACAUAAGCUUGUGACAUCAACACAAUCCAACUAAUGUGCCAAAAGCCAAGUUGGUUGAGCUUUUUUUUUUUUACUUUUCUUUUCUAUUUCUUUGUUGUUGUUGGUGAGACCACUCGAUUACUUUCUUCUGUACGUGUACAUAUUUAUUCUUUUGUUCCUUUCUGUAAUUGAGUAUAUUCCUUUCUCAAAAGUUUUAAAGUAGUUUGUUUUUGAAACU